AUAAAAAAGCUAAAAAAGAAUCGGUUCUGUUUGCCGCACACAGUUCAAAAGUGGUAGCUUCCCCUUAUGAUAGAUUGUUUUGUUACAAUUUUCUUUUCCGCUUUGACAUGGAAUCAUAUUUAGUUAAUUACAUUACGAUGCUGUGUGUCCUCCUACAUUCAUUAGGAUGUUUAGCAAUAGCUGAAAUUGACAAAUUUGACAAUGAUGAUGCGAGGCUUCGGAGGCUGUUGAAAGUUUCAAGAAGAUUGCUCUACACUUCGGAUGAACACUACACUCAUACUAGCGGCCCACAUUACGAAUACAUGAUUCUUGGUUGUGUCAUUGUUGGCAUUCUCGCUUUAAUUCGAUGCUGCAUUAAAUACGGAUGUGAGGACACAGAAGACGACUUAUCAGAUGCAACUAUUCAUCCUCCACCGAUAACUCAUCUACCAAGUCCUCCCAGAUCUGUAUCCAAUGCAUCAGUGCUUGCACCUCCGGCAACAAGUAGAGGCAUAAUUCUUCACCCAGACAGCAAUGUUUCCAUUAAUUUCCCUAAUGUAAUUAAUGUGGAAUUUGAUGAUUUGAGGAAUAUACCAAAUGCUACAGUUGGAGAAAACAAAGCUGCAACAAAUUUACAGGAUUUGCCACCGGAUUACUAUACUGUUGUAAAUAGCAGUACGCAUUUUUCACCAGUAAAGGAUACUAAAAGUCAGGAGGAAGCGAACAAAAUCAAGUCUUAUGAACCACCUCCAAAAUACUAAACAAGUCUGCGAGUACGUAAAGUUGUUAAUAUAUUAUACCUAAAAAGUGGAGGAAAAUAUACAAAGAUCUCAGAUACUGUAUGUGACGCUUGGAAAUAAAUUUUUAGAAUAUCAUGGUUAAAACGCAACAUGAAAUUUUUCUUUAUACGGACGAAACUGCAAAUAACAGAGGAAGAAACAAUUAUUGCAGAAGACUAAUCAACAAGAAUGUGUGCUUAUUAAAUAUACGUUCAAACCAGCGGGCCAAUUUUGUGCAUAUCGCUGCAUGUUAUGUUACGGUUUGUGAAUAUUACGUUAGUCAGACUGUUCGCUGACGACGUAGCUUUAUAAAUUAGAGCAAACACAUUCUUUAAUUCUAAAUCUCUUCUAUUUUUGAAAGGACGUUCACUGAUAAACUUGCUUAGAGUAUUUUGGAGAAAUAUAAAUUAAAAUGAAAUGAAGAAAAAAGAAGGAACAAUAAAGGUUUUAUUUUUUCCUUUUUUAAGAACUAUUUUAGCACUUUUUAUAGAAGUGUAUCCUUUUCACACCAAAUUUUUCUAUGGUAAUUACUGGAUAUUUUCAUAAGUCGUAGAUUUCUUUGAGUAAACUUCAUUUAUAGUGUCCUCAAUAAAUUAAAAAAUACACACACGUGGUUAGACUUCAUAUACGCUUAUUUCUGUAUGCAUGUUAAAUCUCAUAAAGCGAAAUACGUCUCAUACAGUGAUAUCAUAUAAAUGAAAGCUUGGUUUAUUAAUGCUAUCAUAUUUCGCAUAAUGAAACCUUAAGCAAUAGUAUAUUAGUUAAAAUAGAUACCAAGUUUAUAUGCAUGUUAAAUCUCAUAAAGCGAAAUACGUCUCAUACAGUGAUAUCAUAUAAAUGAAAGCUUGGUUUAUUAAUGCUAUCAUAUUUCGCAUAAUGAAACCUUAAGCAAUAGUAUAUUAGUUAAAAUAGAUACCAAGUUUUAAAGGGUUAGAUCAGAAUGCUUAAAACUUCUUUUCUCCCUUAUUUAGCUCAACACUGGAAUAAUUACGAGAAAGAUUAUUGGAAAGUUCUGGUGACUACCAGAAGACCUGUCAUUUUGAAGAUAGUUUCAAAAACCCCGAUCAUCUGGUUUCGAAACCACACAGACGAAGUCAACGAUGAUGAUUACCCUGAACAAACGAAUGAUAAAACAAUUAUCCUUGUCGUUCUUUUAAUCACAAUUGCAUUAGUUAUUACGGUUAAGAGACAAACUGAUUCAGAAAGAAUUCCUGAUGCGCGUCAAAGACCUGCACAAUCAAUUUCCGAAGAGUCUAACAUUCUUAAUGUCCUUUCAAAUACUGAGCAGUCAUUCGUAGAACAGGAUAGAGGAAUAACAAAUACUCAAGAACUUGUGAAUCCGUUGUUUGAUCAUCCACCGGAUUACGCUACUGUGGUUAUUAGCGAUUUGAGUAAUACAGGAGUUCGCUACGCAAAACCGAAGGCUGAUGAGACACCACCACCAAUGUAUCAAGAUCAAUUUAAAUUAACCAGAAUAUAAAAUAUUCAUUCAAUAACCUAUGUAUUAUUCAAAAAUUGAUAUGGUGAUAGAAAUUCUGUUUCAAAACAUUCAUCAACCAGAUUUGAAGAGUUGCAUGAAUAAUCAAUCGCAACUAGGACUUUUAUAAGUUUUCUGACUCCAUUUCUUUACCAUCAGUCAUCAAUUUAGUUCUUUUAAAUCUUCUAUGAAAUUAUUUAUUUAGAAUUUGCUGUAUGUAUAUUUUAAUUAUUCAAUAAACAAAAUAUGCUUUCGUGGAUUUAAAAA